UUCCUGGGGUCUCGCCAAGUGAUAAACAGAUGGCGAGCGUGUGGUAGGUUUGGGGUUUUGCAGCACAAAUAGGGCGACUGGAGUUUGCUUAGUUAAAGGCAUCGGUUGACUUGGGUGAUCAGUGUGGAAAUGCUGGUGUAAAGCCUUCAGGAGAAGAUGGAGAGAAAAUGGACAUACUGUGCUGUCUAUUCCAUCAUCCAGAUACAUUUUGUCAGGGGAAUAUUGGAAGAAACAUUCAAUGCAGAAGAAGACAUUUAUGCUUUACCUGGCUCUGAUGUCAGCCUGACCUGCCAAACACGGAAGAAGGGCUUCCUGGUGCAGAUGCAGUGGUCCAAGGUCACAAAUAAGGUAGACCUGAUUGCCCUUUAUCAUCCUGAACAUGGCUUCUACUGUGGCAGCAGGAGUCGCUGUGAGUCACUGGUGGCUUUCAGAGUAACUCCUGGCAGUGUGUCACAGUGGACUCUGCACUUAAAGAACAUGUCCUCCUCGCUCACUGGGAAGUACGAGUGUAGCUUCACUAUGUAUCCAGAGGGCAUUCAGACCAAAAUCUACAACCUGUUCAUUCAGACAAAUGUGACACAGGAUGGAUGGAGAAGCAACCAUACAGUAGAAAUAGAGAUAAACCAAACUCUGGAAAUACCAUGCUUUCAAAAUAUCUCCUUAGAAAUUUCAUCCGAUUUCACCUUUGCAUGGUUGGUGGAGGACAGUGGAACUCAGGAAACACUUAUUACCCAAGAUCACCCCAUCAGCAAUUCCACGCUAUUUAAAGACAGAGUCAAGCUAGGUACAGACUACGCACUCUACCUCUCUCCAGUCCAGAUCCACGAUGAUGACCGGAAGUUCUCUUGCCACGUUGAAGUCAGGCCUGGCAGAAUCUUGAGGAGCUUCACCACGGUCAAGGUUUUCGCUAAGCCAGAAACCCCCAUGAUUGUGGAAAAUAAUUCCAUGGAUGUCUUCGGAGAGAGAACAUUUACCUGCUCACUGAGGAAUGUAUUUCCCACAGCAAAUCUUACAUGGUUUAUAGAGAGAAGCCUCCCUCAAGGUGAAAGAGAAGAAAUGCACAUUACUAAUGAAGAGAGAAAAGACAGAGGUGGAUUUUUGGAACUGAAGUCUGUGUUGACAUAUGUGUAUGAUAGUAAACCAGCCCAAUUAAACAAAUUGACCAUCUGGUGUAUGGCUCUGUCUCCAGUCCCCGGAAACAAAGUGUGGAAUAACUCAUCAGAAAAGAUCACAUUUUCCUUGGGCCCAGAGAACCCUCCCACAGAGCCUCUGCUCCGUGUUGUGGAAUCCACCGUGGGCACCCAGCCUUCUCUAGCCAACAGCAUAUCUCCUACAACCAGCAAUUCCGAUGUGACUACCCGAGGCUUCAGCUACUCUGAGACCUCCAGUGGGAAAGAUGUCAAGUACUCUUCAUGGAUGCCCAGUGAAACGUACAGUUCAUCCGCCUCAAGUGCAGGUUCGACACUUCAUGGUGAUGUCUUCAACAGUACAACCAGAGCAUUUUCAGAAGUUCCCACAACUGCCAAUGGGUCUACUAAAAAUAAUGACAUCCAUAUCACUGGUAUUGUGGUUAAUAAGCCCAAAGAUGGAAUGUCUUGGCCAGUGAUCGUAGCAGCUUUGCUCUUUUCCUGCCUGGUGUUGUUUGGUCUUGGAGUGAGGAAAUGGUGUCAGUACCAAAAAGAAAUCAUGGAAAGACCCCCGCCUUUCAAGCCCCCUCCACCUCCCAUCAAGUACACUUGCAUUCAGGAGUCCAUCGGAAGUGAUCUGCCUUGUCAUGAGAUGGAGACACUCUAGUCCUCUGAGACUUCGCCACGCAGGCCGCACUCUGCUGGAAUCCUAUGGGAAAGGUAGAUACCGUGCUUUGUUAGUAUAAUCGCCCUCCAGCCAAGCCUCUGCUGCAGCUGAAACAGAUGUCAGAAGUGAAUGACUUGUCUUCCCAGCAACUCACCCUCUUUCAUCAGCCUGUGCCCGAAAUUUAAACAAGAGUGAGCAGUUAUGUCCUGCCGACACCCGGUGCCACCUGCAGGGAUUUUCUUGCUUAUGUAAGAAGUGUCAAUUAGGUUAUUGUCGUCAAAAAAAUACUUGCAGUGUUUUUUUAUUUUUCACUUUCAGUUCUCUGAUUGAGGUGAUGACAAUGGUUUCCAGCAUAUGUCCUUACCAGAUCCUCCUCUCUUUGGGCAUCUGCCAACAUUCUGAACAAUUUGCCAAUACUAUGAUAAUCUCUGUUUGUCACGUUCCCUAGGAAAAUGACAAGAGGAAAAUGUGAAAGUUGUAACAAGAGUUCUGAAAAAUGGGAAUGUGCAAUUAGUCUUUGAACUGAAAUUCAGUUCUUUAUCUUCCCUGGAGGAGAAGAGAAUACCGUGCACAAGGACCCCGGUUCCAAUCCUCCUUCACCCCGCCUCCCGUCGUGCUCAUGGAAGGGGGAGGGAGCAGCAGGACGACUAGCUGACAACCACAGCCACGUAGCCUAGUAGAUCUAACACUUUGCUGGCCUCUAGAAUUAUAUGAGCUGAGUGGUCUCAUCCUCAGCUUUACCUCUGAGUGUGUGUGUGUGUGUGUGUGCGUGCAUCAGACUAUUGGCAAACGUGUUAUGUAAGUAAACAGGCAGUCUAAACCCAGUCCAACUCAUCAAAUUCCCAUCAUUCUCCUUUUCCUUUGGGACUUUGCUGUUCAUCCAAUCUGCCUGUUUUGGUCUGUCCUGAAACAGAUCCUGAAAUAAAGCACCUCAAAUCAGACUAGCAUUGAUGAAUUAACCCUACUCCCACCCAUUUUUUAUAGAACAGUUCAAACAGAACAUAUAGGUGAUGGAGAAGAAAUCUCGUCAACCUGACCUGCUCUGUUUCUGGCAACAAUAAUGAGUGAAUAAAUUACUGAUACCCCUUGUUGCUCUAAACCUCCCCACAUCCCACUGCCCUAGGAGAGAAGAACAGGUCUUGCUGUUAGAUAUGACAGGCACAUUCUGUGUGGAUUUCAGUCUCAAUAGGAGCCUUUAGCUCAUUUGCAGUGUACUUACUCCUGGCUGCACAUGAGAAUGACUUGCAGAGUUGUUAUUUUUUUGAAACAUCAUGGCCAUCCCAACCCCUAUCAAUUAGAUCGGAAUCUCUGUGGAGUGAAGCCCACGAAUACCAGCAUCCUAGAUGAUUCACGUUUUCAGCCAAGGUUGAGAACUGCCAAACCAGUGGCAGUCCCUUCUCACUAGUCAGAAUCUUGGCUGAGUGCUUAACUCUUGUGAUCCAAGAUGUCGCCCAGGACUCUUGCCUCUUAUGUGGUCCUCUCUGACACUUGAUACAGCUGGCUUCUAUGGCUGGACAGUACUAAGAUAAGGCAAGCAAAGGACCUAGGCUAUAAAAUUUAAGGAGAAAUUCACACUCAGAGUCAUGCACUUGCACAAUCUUGUGAGUGAGUACCAACCCCAGGCCUGGUAUAACCAAGAAGGUACUGCAGAAAUGACCAGAGUGUGACUUCCAAGGCUAUGUCACAAAAUACUUUGUAGCUUCUUCCUUGAUCUCUCUUUGAUCACCUGCUCUGGAGGGAGCCAGUCACCAUGCUGUGAGGGCACACAAGCAGCCCUACCAAGAGGUCCACCUGCCAAGGAACGAAGCCAGGCUUUUGAGUGAGCCAUCUUGGAAAUAUAUCCUCCUGCCCCAACUCAAGUCUUCAGAUAACUGCAUCCUCAGUUGAUCUUUUGGCGGGGACCCUCAGUUUCUCAUUCGUUCUCAAGAAAGAAAUAAGACUAACUUCUAUAUGUAUGACUAUUGCUUCAUGUAUAGUUAUUUUUAUUUAAUAAACCUUAAUCAUCAGUAAUUUA